UUUCAGAGCCUUUAAGGUCAAAGGUAGGCAGGUUAUGAUGUUAAUUACCACCAUCUAUUGGGAACACAAUAGAACUACGUCAGGUGAUCUGUGACUUCUCUUGCACAGAUUUAGCCUCUGCAACAGGUUGGACUGGUUUGAGCAUGUGAAACUUAUGUAAGGAGGAUGUGACAGAAAUAAAUCAGACGCACACAAACACUCAGGAACAGACGGAGAAUGAGGAGGGAUUUCUGUUUUAAUGCUUCUCUACCUUGUUUUUGAAAUUUGAUAACCUAUGGAUGUGAGUUUGGCAGGUGUAUACGCUCCAACAUGAAUGUGUCCAACAAGAGAGAGGUCGACGACUUCUCCACUUCUGAGCAACACGACAGCCGGACCAGAGAUCAUCAGAGCCAGGUGAACCAGGACGGACCAGACUUGCCUGGACUCGGUUGUGUGUCCGCGAAGAGCGGCUGGUCUACGUGGGAGCCAAUCGGGUUCGAGGACAGAGGCCAAUCUGAUAAUCAAAUCCCGGUGAAGCAGGAGAGACCAGAUGUUCCAGACUGUGUGUCCAUGAAGAGUGGCCGGUCUAUAAGUGUACCUAUUGAAUUCAAGAAUGAAGGGCCAAUUAUUGAGCCAAGCCCGGUGAAGCAGGAGAGACCAGACUCACCUGUUCCAGAUGUUCCAGACUGUUUGUCCAUGAAGAGUGGCCGAUCUAUAAGUGUACCUAUUGAAUUCAAGAAUGAAGGGCCGAUUAUUGAGCCAAGAGCUCACCGGAAGAGGUCAGGCGUUCUCAGUGAUCGACCUGCACCGAAGCAUCAACAGAACCUGGACUCCAUUUUCAUGCUUCUUGAAGACAACAUUGUGACUUUUGUGAAGAACGAGCUGAAGAAGUUCAAGAAAGUUCUAGAAAGUUCAGAAGGCUUUGAGGGGCUGGAAGAAGACGAUGAAGUUGCAGGUGGUCAAGAAAAAGACGAGCAGAGGAGCAGCAACAUCGACGCAUUUCUGAAGCUCACGCUGAACUUCCUGAGGAACAUGAAGCAGGAGCAGCUGGCUGACUCUCUGCAGAGCAAAACUCUUGCUGUGAUUUGCCAACGUAAACUAAAGUCUAAACUGAAGGACAAGUUUCAGUGUUUGUUUGAAGGAGUUGCCAAAGCAGGAAACCCGACACUUCUGAACCGGAUCUACACAGAACUGUACGUCACAGAGGGAGAGAGCGGUGAGGUCAACGAACGACAUGAGGUCAGACAGAUAGAAGCGGCAUCCCGAAAUACGGCAAGUUCAGAAACAACAAUCGGCUGUGAGGAUAUAUUCAAACCUUUACCUGGAAGAGACGAACCAGUCCGAACUCUGGUGACAAAGGGAGUGGCCGGCGUCGGGAAAACUGUGUUAACGCAGAAGUACAUCCUGGACUGGGCUGAAGACAAAGCCAACCACGACGUACAGUUUGUCUUUCCAUUCACUUUCCGAGAGCUCAAUUUGCUGAAAGCAAAAAAGUACAGUUUGGUGGAACUUGUUCAUCACGUCUUUACUGAAACCAAAGAAGCAGGAAUCUGCAGGUUUGAAAAGUUCCGGGUUGUGUUCAUCUUUGACGGCCUGGACGAGUGUCGACUUCAUCUGGACUUUCACAACAACGAGAUCCUGACUGACGUCACAGAGUCGACUUCAGUGGAAGUGCUACUGACGAACCUCAUUCGAGGUAAACUGCUUCCCUCUGCUCACAUCUGGAUAACCACACGACCCGCAGCGGCCAAUCAGAUCCCUCCUGAAUGCAUCGACAUGGUGACAGAGGUGAGAGGGUUCAGUGACCCGCAGAAGGAGGAGUACUUCAGGAGGAGAUUCGGAGACGAGGAACACGCCGGCAGAAUCAUCUCCCACAUCGAGGCGUCGCGGAGCCUCCACAUCAUGUGCCACAUCCCGGUGUUCUGCUGGAUCACUGCCACGGUCCUGGACCGUUUGUUGAAACUCAGAGAGAGAGCAGAGCUGCCCAAGACCCUGACUGAGAUGUACAUCCACUUCCUGGUGGUUCAGACCAAACAAGGGAAUGUAAAGUAUCACAGCAGUGCGGCGGCAGCGGCGGAUCCGGUCUGGAACGGAGAGGUCAAGAACACCAUUCUCACUCUGGGAAAACUGGCCUUUGAGCAGCUGGAGAAAGGAAACCUGAUCUUCUAUGAAGCAGACCUGAAAGAGUGCGGCGUUGACAUACAAGCUGCCGCCGUCCACUCGGGACUAUUCUCAGAGAUCUUCAGAGAUGAGCUGAACCAGGGCAGGGUGUUCUGCUUUGUCCAUCUGAGCGUUCAGGAGUUUCUGGCUGCACUUUAUGUCUUCCUGAAGUUCAUCAACACCGGCAUCGAUCUCCUGAGAAGACAAAGGCGGUUCAACUCAGUGCCAUUACAGCGUGAAUUUAACUUUAAACACUUCUACCAGAAUGCAGUGGACAAGGCUUUAGAGAGUCCAAAUGGACACCUUGACUUGUUUGUCCGCUUCCUCCUUGGCCUUUCACUGGAGACCAAUCAGACUCUCCUACAAGGCCUGCUGAAAACGACAGGAAGUAAGCAAGACGCCAAAGUGACGCUAGUGCAGUACAUCAAGAAGAAGAUCAGGGACGAUCCUUCUCCAGAGAGGAGCAUCAAUCUGUUCCACUGUCUGAAUGAGCUGGAUGAUCGUUCUCUAGUGGAGGAGAUCCAACAGUACCUGACGUCAGGAAGUUUCUUUGGAAGCAAACUCUCUCCUUCUCAGUGGUCGGCGCUCGGUUUCAUCUUGCUGUCAUCACAAAAAGAUCUGGACGUGCUUGACCUGAGGAAAUUCUCUGCUUCAGAGGAGGCUUUCCUGAGGCUGCUGCCAGUGGUCAAAGCAUCCAAAACAGCGCUGCUGAGUGGUUGUAAACUCUCACAGAAAAGCUGUGAAGCUCUGGUUUCAGUUUUCAGCUCCAAGACCUCUAGUCUGAGAGAGCUGGACCUGAGUAACAACGACCUGCAGGAUACGGGAGUCAUGCUGCUCUCAGCUGGACUCAAGAAUCCACACUGUAGACUGGAGAUUCUCAGGCUCUCAGGUUGUCUGGUCACAGAGAAAGGCUGCGCUUUCCUGGCUUCAGCUCUGAAGUCCAACCCGUCCCAUCUGAGAGAGCUGGACCUGAGCUUCAACCACCCAGGAGACUCAGGAGUGACGCUGCGGUGUGCUGGACGGGAUGACCCACGCUGGAAACUGGAAACUCUCAAGAUGGAUCAUUGUGGAAAGUGUCGACUGAACCCAUCACCUCUUAGGUAUUUCUGUGAGCUUUCACUGGACCCAAACACAGCAGACAGAAACCUCUCACUGUCUGACGACCACAGACGAGUGAUGUUGGUGAAAGAGAAGCAGCCGUAUCCUGAUCAUCCGGAGAGAUUCGACGGCUGGAAACAGCUGCUGUGUAGCGACGGUCUGACUGGCCAUUGUUACUGGGAGGUCCAGUGGAAAGGAAGGGUUCAUAUCGGAGUGACGUACAGAGGAAUCAACAGGAGAGGAGACGGUGACAACUGCUGUAUUGGUUGGAACGAUCAGUCCUGGAGUCUGUUCUGCUCUGCUCAGAGUUACACCGCCUGGCACAAUAACGCACCAACAGACGUGGCCACGCUCCCGCCCUCCGACUCCAACAGAGUAGCGGUAUAUCUGGACUGGCCCGCUGGCUCUGUGUCCUUCUACUGUCUUCCUUCCAUCGUGUCUUCGGUCAAACGGAUCCACCUCCACACCUUCCACUCCACAUUCACUGGACCCCUCUACCCUGCGUUUGGGUUCGGACGAAUGCGUGAGCUUGGGGCGGACUCGAGAUUUUCACCAUCCUCAGUUCAUCUGUCACCGAUUGAAGAGUGAGUGUUGCCUCCUGUGGUUCCCAAACUGAGGCGAUCACAUCGAGGCGUGCAUGCUUGCCAACCCUCGCAAUUUUCCCUAGACACUUUUCUCCACAUUUUUUUUUCCUUUUCCUUUCCUCAACAUGUUUCUGGCGCUGUACAGCGUGUUUAAUCCCUACUGUUUCAACCCGGACGACAAUACAGCUACACCUAAUGUCGUUUCCCAGCAGAAGAGACCUGCUCACGACACAAUGCGGUUUGAGCUGCGCUCACCGCACUUCACAACGCGCUGCUCGACGCAGCGUUGCGUGGCGCAAGCCAUUGGAAAUAACGGAUUUCAGAACGCAGCGGUGGCCGCUGUCACGCUGCAUCUGAAAGGACCUUCAGUUCAAGUUUCACCAAAUAACAAUGUCAAAAUCAGCAUUUUAAAAACUCAGUUAUAUAUGUUAUAUAUUUAUGUAUAUGGGUUUUCCAGUAUGGUUGACGGAACCUGCCAAAAUACAAAAUAAAUGAAUUAAUAAAUAAAUAAAUGACUCAAUAAAUAUGU